CAAAAUUUUCCAGAUAAAUAUGCAUCCAAAAAAAAGAUGUGCUGAUUUAUUUAUUUUUUAAAUUCCAUGCAGCCUUUCUGCAGCUGAGUAGGCUGCUCCUCCAACCGUCUCAAACACGGAUUCCCGGAGGAUGUCAGCGGGGAAAUCCAGAGCACAGAGGCGGGCUGUCCCUGUGACCGCCGGGGCUUCCUCCGUGCUGCUCCCCGGACUCUCUGCUGCUUUUAGCGGGGAACUAAGUUGGUGUUUUAGAGGAGACACAACUGUCGCAGUGCCAGGAAAAGGGGCUCGCGUGCGUGUGUGAGUGCAUGGCACGCGCGCAUCAUGCACUCACACACGCCACGCCCCCUCCUGUCGGGAACACCCUGCCUGCCUCUGAGGCUGGCUGUCAGACGGCGCUGAGGCGCACGCACGGACCGCGGCUGACUCCGCUCCUUCCUGCCUCUGUUCCUUCCCGGCCGCCGUCACCGCCACCAGGUUUCCUGGUCCCGUUUUGGCAGCUUUGACCAGAAGAAGAAACACCAGAACAGCAUCAGAGCUUUCCAAGAGGCUCUGACAAAGGCACAACCCAAGUUUUUUAGAUACUACAGAGACCAUAAUCAUAAUGUAGUCCUUCUGGAGAUCAUUUAUCCAUUAGCUUGGCAGAUUUUUCAGACUGAGUUUACCUGAAGGAGCCAAUGGAGAAAGCUGAGGAGGACCUGAACCUCUCAUUUCUGCUGGAUCAUGAAAGGGAAAUGAUCCUGAAGGUCCUGCAAAAAGAUGAGAAACUACGAAAACAAGAGGAGAAAAGGAUACGGAAGAUGAAGAACGAGCUCUUGGAGAUCAAGCACAAAGGUCCCCGUCGGCCUCAGGAGUCCGGGGACAGGCUGUGUGCUCGCUGCAGUAAAACUUUAGGCCUGAUCUUUGACCGAGGAGAGCUCUGUGAGGAGUGCCAGCAGCGCGUCUGCAGCGAAUGCCGCGCUUUAACCGCCAGCUCGCGCAAGUGGAGAUGCCACGUCUGUGCCAAGAUCCUGGAGCUGAAGGUGGUGAGCGGAGAGUGGUUCCUGGAGGAGCGGUCCAAGCGCUUCGAGCAGAAAGUGAUGAGCAGCGACGUGAUCAAACACACCAUCCUCAACAGCCCGGCCUCCGCGGAUAAGCAGGCAGCGGAAAAGCCUCAGGUCUCCCCGGACCCGGACAAACGGGACAAGUCCAAACCCGGCCGGAGCGCUAUACGCAGCAUUGUGGACGGAGCCAAAAAGAAAGGUCGGAUGAAAGCGGAUAAGAAGGGCGGACGAUCAAACUUGAAGCCGGAGCAUGGAGUCGACGGCGCCAGUGCGAAGUCUGCGUCAGACGGAGAAUCUCAAAGCAGUGGAAGUGUGGGUUCUGCUCAGAGCGCAUAUUCAAACAGGAGCGCCGCGGUUGCCGUGGAAUCCUCAGGUUUGCCUACGGUCCCCAACAACCUGCGCUCCCAAACUCCGACCAAAUCCUCCACUCCCAGUGAAACCCGGAGGCCCGACGGAGCUGAAAGCGUCAGCAGUUUGCAGUCCGGUGACAGCCUGCCCGAGAAAAAGGCAGCCGGCCAUCACAGGAAGAACUCUGGCACCCCGGCCAUUUCUGUGUCGAGGGUCUCUCUGUCAUCAGAUCGCAGCCGCUCUGAGAUGGACCUGUCAGCUUUCGGUUCUGAGCCCAGCGACGAUGCCCUCAACCAAGCGGGGUUUUCUGAUGAGGACGUGGAGGAGGACAUCGAUGCUCUGGUGCCAGCCUACUGCUCAAGUCCCAAACAGUAUCUCAGCAGCGCCGUAUCCACGUCUUCCACUCCCGCCUCGGAGCGAAGAUGGGGCUACCUCAAUGUGCCCGACUCCGAUGCCGAGACUAGCAGCAUUAACAGCAUGACGAGCAUGUACAGCGAGACCGGUGACUAUGGCAACGCCCGGGUGAGCGGCGAAAUCCUCCUGAACAUCAGCUACAGCUACAAAACAGGUGCCCUCAAUGUCCUGGUGAAAGAGUGUCACAACCUGGCAACGGGAGAUGAGAGGAAGCAGCGCACGGAUGCUUAUGUGAAGACUUAUCUACUGCCUGACAAGUCCCGUCAAAGCAAGAGGAAGACCAGCAUCAAGCCCAACACCAUCAACCCCGUCUUCAACGAGAACCUGAGGUAUGUGAUCAGCCACUCCCAGCUGGAGCUGCGGACGCUGCAGGUGUCCGUGUGGCACCACGACCGGUUCGGGUACAACAGCUUUCUGGGAGAAGUGGAGCUCUCCUUCGACUCGUGGGAGUUCGAUUCCCAGAUAGAGGAGUGGUACUCUCUGCAGCCUCGGGUGGACAGCAGCACAGACUCCACAAUGCAUUACAAGGGAGAGUUGACCGUUGUGCUGAAGUACAUCCCGGCGGAGAACAACCUGACUCCUCCUCCAGACCAGGUUCAAGUGAAGAAAGGCUUCCUGAAAGGCAAGAAGACGAGCAGCUUCACUCUGCCUAAAGGAGGGAUGGUGGAGCUGCUGGUCAAAGGAGCCAAAAACCUGACCUCCGUCAAGGCCGGAGGCUAUUCGGACCCGUUUGUCAAGGGGUAUCUCCUUCCUGACAGCAACAAGUCAACCAAGCACAAGACGGCGGUGGAGCGGCGCACCGUGAACCCCCACUGGAACCACACCUUCACCUACUGCGGCCUGCAGCCCGGAGACCUGAACAACAUCUGCCUGGAGCUCACCGUGUGGGACAAAGAAGCUCUGGCCAGCAACGUCUUCCUGGGAGGGGUCAGGCUGGGGGCUGGAACAGGCAAUAGCUACGGGAACGAGGUGGACUGGAUGGACUCGUACGGUGAGGAGCAGCGGGUUUGGCAGCGCAUGAUCGAAAACCCCGAAGUUCCCCACGAGUGCACGCUGUUGCUGCGCUCCAGCAUGCGCAAACGCAACACAUGAGCCCGACCGGAGCACAGGCAGAGAGGAAGACGACCGGAGGGAAGAGGAAAACACAAACGGACAAGAGAGUCUCCCUCUGUAUAGUUUUUCAUUCUCUGGUCCACAACAACCACUCAUGCCUUACUCACUCAUCCAUACGUGCCCCUCUGACUUCCAGUGCAUCCAGUCUUGACCAAGCACGGCUGCUUUUUAAUGGAACAAUGGUGACAAUGAGAUUAAUAAGCACACGUCUGUUCGUGUCUCGUCUGUGAGCCUCUUCUGCAUGUUUCUGCACAUAAAGAAUCAAUAUUUUUACAAUAUAAAAUAACAUUUGCUGAAAAAGCAACAUUCCCUUUAUGUCUGAGUUUAAAGCACAGAUUGAGUUCAGAAGUAACAUGAAGAAGAAAUACAAUUAUCUGUUUUUAGAUGUGGUUCCCACUAUUUUUUAAUACACACCUGUAGACAGUCUUUGUAUUUUAAGGCAAAUCAUUUCACUGUUACCUCAAAUAUUGGCAAGUUUGUUGUGACGUGAAUUUCUUUGAUACACUUUGAGGACCAAAAUGCAGUUUGUUUUAUUAAGUGGAAUUCAAUUUUAGGAUCUGUUUUAUCAAAAAAAAAUAAAGUAAAAUUCUUCUAGUGGUAAAUUAUUAUUGGAUUUUCAAUAAUAUUAUAUGGAAGUUUUCUUUUAUUUUCUCCUUUACCCACAAUUCAAAGUAAUUUCCAAUUACUAAUUGAUAAUUUAAUUUAGAAUUUGAUCAUGGAUUUGCCAUUACUAAAAAUUACUAUUCAAUGUUGCAUUUGGAUAAAAAUCAAAACAAAAAUCAGCUGCAUUUUAAAUGGUCAUUUUUGUACUAUAAUCUAAAUGCAUUUCGAAAUUUACAAUUUAAUAUUUAAAAAAACGAAAUUUCAAGUCUUUGUUUGUUGUUCUAAAUGUAUUUUAAAGUAACCUAAAAUCUGUUGCAUUUUAAUUUGUCAUGGCGUUUUUAUGUCAAAAUGUAAAAGAAAACUGCAAAACGGCGUCCCCUUUUCUUUACCCCUUUGGCGUAAAUCAUUUUCAAAAUGCAUGGCCAAUGUCAACGUAGAAAUGUAAAUUUUUAAAUGCAUUUUCAUUUAAAUAUUGAAAACCCAAUUUAACCCAAUUUAAAAUGCAAUUGACUUGAUUUUAUUCAUAAUUUUAUUUAAAAAAAGUAAUUUUUUAUAUUGAGUUCUAAAUUGCAAAUGCAUUUUGAAAUUGCAUGAAAAAAAUGCAAAUCUUUGAAAAAAAUCAUAAUUUAUGUUUAGUUUGCUUAAUAUUUUAAUCAAUUAAUUCACAAUGUUUAUUAUAGGCAACUUAAUUUAAAAAGAAGAAAACAGAAUAAAAACUACAGGCUGAUUCAUCCUUCAUAAUGAGCCAGACGUUUGUUCUUGCAGGUGGAGCUACGUUAACAAGAACAAAGUUCUUCUAGUCAGGAUCUUUCCUGUUUCAGGGUAGAACCAUGAAGAAGUUCCUUAUUUAAUAUCUCCCAUUGCAGAGCACAGUCUAAAAAAGCACAAAGACAAAAAGAUCACAGAUUUUUUUUUAACUACAAGCUUUAAAGUCAAGAAAGCGAGAGAAAUCUGGAGCUUGUGAGUUCCUCUUUCUUAGUUAACCACACCCCCUUCAAAUAUUUGGCCAAUCACAAAGCAGCUUUGCUGGAGAAACAGGAAGUUUAAGUUGCUUGAACUUUAAAUUUGACAAGAGAUUCCUGCAAAAACAAACUUCUCCCUUCUUGUAGAGCGUGAACCAGCUUUUACUUUUAGCCAAAACGAGUUCUGGUUUACGGUUUUUCAUGAACUUCUUCACUUGAGACAGUUCAUGUUAAUCCUUAGAAAACAUUCAGAAACUUUCUUUUUGUGCCAGUUAAGUUAUAACUGGUCAUGAAGAAGGUGAAAAGCUUCACUAUCAGGAUUUUAUUUAUUUAUUUAUUCAUAAAUAAAUAGUGAGAAAAAUGUUAAAUAAAUAAAUAAAUAAAAAAUGACAUACCCAGGCUAGAAAAUGUGCUGACCUUAUUUAGAACCACUAGAAGACAGAAGAAAAUGUGUGCAGGAUUGUGUGGUGAUUAAAAGCAAAUAUUUUAACUCUCAUUAUUAAGAUUAAUUUAUUUAUCGCCAGAAAUUCCUUCGAACAAACCUUCUAAUGUGCCAUCAGUGAUGAUUAAUAACAAAAUGUUUACAAUUCCCAAAUCUUAAAUCUGAAUUCAGUGUUUCAUCAAAGUUUGCCUUUACACUUUUUGGAUGUUUAUUACUAUUAUUUUUUACUGAAAUAUAAAAGAUGUUUUCCUUUUGUGGACCAGCUUCAGUCCCAGUGAAUUCUACAACAGCACAACAAAACUGUCUGUCAGCACAAAAACAUCAACCUAUUUUACAUAAUAACAAAGCAGAAUAUAAAUGAAUUUAAAGUGUCCCAUAUUUAAAACUAUAGAUAUGAACAAAUAUUUAUGGCUGUUUUAGGUAGUCUGAGCUUGUCUGUAGUCCUAACCUGAUCAUCAUGGUCUGUUUUCCUGUCUGUUCUAUGACGAGUGCGAGGAAUCGACGCACAAUAAGGACGUGGCGUUGAGCGUCUCUCCAUCUCUGCUUACAUGUCACAGUCUCGUCGGAUUUGAACCCUUUAGAUUAGUUUUCGAUGUGAACUUGCAGAACACUGUAUCAGUGUGUUCCUGUGUGAAGAACUGCAUGGAGGAGAGAGGAGAACAAAAGGUAAAGUGUUGAAAUCCUUCCACACCUAGAGGAGAAAGAAAGUGUGUUUGCUGUGUGUUCUCAGAAACGGGGAAACAAGUGAAAUCCCUUCACUUCAGUGGUGGGAGGGGCUUUACCAACCCUCAUCCUGUGAUGGGUUCAAAAAGCUAAAAAACAUGGGAUGCUCCUUUUUGUCCUCCUUGCCUGGGUAACCUGUUUUUUAUGUUGUCAUGGCAACACAUCUUCUGUAUCCAGCAUCUUUUAAGACCCACUCUGAUAAAAAGUGCUAUUUUUCUGAUUAUGGAGGACAUAUAUAAAGAAUAUUUAGAUUAAAAUUGCGGUUUUAUGUAUUUCUUUAUUCGAAUUGUUGUUAAUCAGGAGAAGACAAAAAAAAAUUAUAAUUUGUUACGUAGAAAAUAUCCAGAGUGGGUCACAAGUUCCCUGCUACACUCUGAUGCAUCCACUCAUAGGCAACUGGAUCCAUGAACGUCUAUGUCAGUUUUGUUGCACUGGUGCUGUUGUGAUGAUCUGUAAAGCUAGUGUGUAAACAGAGAGCUCUCAGCAGCAGAGAUGUGAAGGAGGGGACGGCGUUGCUCCACCCCAACAGUCCCGCCUACAACCCAGAGGAAAAAUGUAUUUAAAAAAAAAACUACGAAACUAUGUCCCAAAAAAAAAAACUUUUUUUGUUUUGUUGGCUGAAAACAGCAUAGUCGUGACUUUAAAAAACUACUGGGAACGCUUUGAAAAUAGGAUAAAAGAUGAUCGAGUGGGUCUUUAAGAGUUUGCAUACAUUUCAAUUGAUGCCCCUGUUAUUGUAAAGCAUGCACGUUUCCUUUUGUCUGCUUUUUCUUUCAUUCAACUCUCUUUUAAAGAUUGUUUUUGCUGCAAAUAUGUAAUAAAAUAUUUUAAAAUAAACAUCUUUUCAUGAACGUUUCUUAACUCUGUGACAACUUUUUCACACAUAUCCAGGAUAUAAUUUUUUUUUUCCUCCACAUUUCCUUCCAUCAACAGGUAAAAUGGCAGGUUUCUAUGUGAACAUUUCCAUUGGGAAUUAAGACACUCACAGCCUUUUAAAACGUGUGAGUGACAGUAUAGUUCCGGUAGAAUCCUGAUUCUAGGAAAAAAAAAAGAAAA